CGCGGGGCCAGGCCACGCCCCCGCUCGCCUGCGCAGGCGCGCUUUGGGGCCGUUUCUGUCAGGAGCGCACUAGAGGCCGGACAGUGGCGGGAUCCGACGUCUGACUGGACCCGGCUGACUGAACUGAGCGCGGCAGCGGCGGCGAGGGCUGCGUGGCCCCGGCUACUCGCCAGGUCGCAGAGACUAGCAGGGUCUAGCGGGCAGCCGGCGGCGCAGGCACAAUGGGGAACCGGGAGAUGGAGGAGCUGAUCCCUCUGGUGAACCGUCUGCAGGACGCUUUCUCCUCGCUGGGACAGAGCUGUCUGCUGGAGCUGCCGCAGAUCGCCGUGGUGGGCGGCCAGAGCGCCGGCAAGAGCUCGGUGCUCGAGAACUUCGUGGGCAGGGACUUUCUCCCUCGAGGGUCAGGCAUUGUAACAAGAAGGCCUCUUGUGCUGCAGCUUGUUACUUCCAAAGCAGAAUAUGCAGAAUUUCUACAUUGCAAAGGAAGAAAAAUUACAGAUUUUGAUGAAGUUCGCCAUGAGAUUGAAGCAGAAACAGAUCGAGUAACCGGAAUGAAUAAAGGGAUUUCCUCCAUACCCAUUAAUUUACGAGUCUAUUCCCCACAUGUGUUAAAUCUAACCCUUAUCGACCUGCCUGGAAUUACUAAAGUGCCCGUGGGAGAUCAGCCACCAGAUAUUGAGUACCAGAUCAGAGAGAUGAUUAUGCAGUUCAUCACACGGGAGAACUGUCUGAUUUUGGCUGUUACCCCAGCCAACACCGAUCUUGCAAACUCAGAUGCACUGAAACUAGCUAAAGAAGUUGAUCCUCAAGGUCUAAGAACCAUUGGAGUCAUCACCAAACUGGAUCUUAUGGAUGAGGGAACGGAUGCCAGGGAUAUCCUAGAGAAUAAGCUGCUGCCGCUUCGCAGGGGUUACAUUGGGGUGGUAAACAGGAGCCAGAAGGACAUAGAUGGGAAGAAGGAUAUAAAGGCUGCCACGUUGGCAGAAAGGAAAUUUUUUCUCUCACACCCGGCUUACAGACAUAUUGCUGAUCGGAUGGGGACCCCACACCUUCAGAAGGUCCUUAAUCAGCAACUUACCAACCACAUUCGAGACACCCUACCUAACUUCAGGAACAAACUGCAGGGACAGUUGCUGUCCAUAGAACACGAAGUAGAAGCCUAUAAAAACUUCAGGCCAGAAGACCCCACCAGGAAGACCAAAGCAUUGCUGCAGAUGGUUCAGCAAUUCGCUGUGGACUUUGAGAAGAGAAUUGAAGGGUCAGGGGAUCAAGUAGAUACCCUGGAGCUCUCAGGGGGUGCUAAAAUCAAUCGUAUUUUCCAUGAACGUUUUCCUUUUGAGAUAGUAAAGAUGGAGUUCAAUGAGAAAGAACUGCGAAGAGAAAUAAGCUAUGCAAUCAAAAACAUACAUGGUAUCAGGACAGGGUUGUUUACUCCAGACAUGGCAUUCGAAGCAAUAGUCAAAAAACAAAUUGUAAAGCUGAAAGGGCCUUCCUUGAAGAGUGUAGAUCUGGUAAUACAAGAAUUAAUCAACACUGUCAAGAAGUGUACCAAAAAACUGGCAAACUUCCCCAGACUCUGCGAGGAAACGGAAAGGAUUGUUGCUAACCACAUUCGUGAGCGAGAAGGGAAGACAAAGGACCAGGUACUGCUGUUGAUCGACAUCCAAGUCUCCUACAUCAACACCAACCACGAAGAUUUCAUUGGCUUCGCAAAUGCUCAGCAGAGGAGCAGUCAGGUUCACAAGAAAAACACAAUUGGAAAUCAGGGAACCAAUCUUCCGCCUUCAAGGCAAAUUGUGAUUCGCAAGGGAUGGCUAACCAUCAGCAACAUUGGCAUCAUGAAAGGAGGCUCUAAGGGAUACUGGUUCGUCCUUACCGCUGAAAGCUUAUCCUGGUACAAAGAUGAUGAGGAAAAAGAAAAGAAGUAUAUGCUUCCCUUGGACAACCUGAAAGUUCGGGAUGUGGAAAAAAGCUUUAUGUCUAGCAAGCACAUCUUUGCACUCUUUAAUACCGAACAAAGGAAUGUAUACAAAGACUAUCGCUUUCUCGAGCUGGCAUGUGAUUCACAGGAGGAUGUAGACAGCUGGAAGGCAUCUCUACUAAGAGCUGGGGUUUAUCCAGAUAAAUCUUUAGGGAACAACAAAGUAAGUUCUUUGUCCUACUGCAGCUCCUCUCUCUCCAGCCCCCACUCCCCUCCCUCAUGUGCCUUGGCGAGAGUGUUUCUGUGCACUUUGAAAUGACCGAUGUCUGUGACAGUGCACAGAGGGUGUGCAAAUGUCAGAGAAAACAGAGCUUGGACUACCAUCAUGGCUGUUCAUUUUUGACCUUUCGGAAGGGAAAUAUUAUGUUCCUCAGGGUUGGUUAUUGGACAGUUCAGAGAGGUUGUUAUUAUAAGGAAAGAGAGCAACACUGAGAGCAAAGAUUAUGAAGAUUUAAUAAUGAGGACUCUUCUGCAGAAAGGGGAAGACAGUCUGAUGAAACUCAGUGCAGCUGAAGCUUUUGACCAAAAAUCUAAGCUCUCAUGUUAAUGUGUAGCUAUAAAAACCCCAAACUGGUGUCUUAAAUAGCAGGAUGGCUGGCUUUGCUGGUGAAACUGAGCUAGAUCAGUGCUCUGGCUUUGAAGGUGCCUUAAAAUGGAUGGAGGAGGGUGGGGUCAACAUUUGCCUUGGCUUCUGCACCCUUGAUGUAUUCCAGCUGGAUGGAAACAGGAGGGUGUGGGGAAUGGAGGGGGAGACUGAAAUGUGUAUGGUAGAUUUGUGAAACCAGGCAACGCACACAAAUGGUGGAAAUUAUUUUAAUGUUGUUAUAAUAGGUAAAUGAGUAAUUUAGUAGUUCAUAGGGUGGCUAGAUUGUUAAAACUUUAAUUCAACUUUUCCAGAAGAUUAGAACUACUUCUCACUUAUAUUAGGUAUGUAAUAGUAGUGUAGUUGGGGAAGAUGGUCUUAAGUUUAGCAGGGUGAUUUGUUUUUCUUUUUUUUUCUGUGGAGAAUUAUUAGUGCUUUAUCCUACCAGGUGGCCCACUUAAAAUAGGCCUCAUUGAAUACAAUAAGAAUUGAAAGGAUUCUGUUAUAAAGGGUCUGCCUGCAUAUUUAAACCAGCUGGAAUUCAUCAAAAUUGCUAUUCAUAAGCCAUACAUAUAGAAUUUAAAACAAAUGUGGGAAAUCUUGGAGUUUAAUUUGAUGGAAUGUGCUAUUAUGGAAUAAGGUGAUAGAGAUGGUUGGUAUUGAAAAUGUGUCACUUUAUAAAUUUAUAUCUUGCUAUAAUUGCUUAUGACCCAAGUAAUAAUAUUUAAUAAAGUUAAAAAUAAUAUAAGAAAACUACAAGAUAGACAUUUGUGAAGGACCAGAGGGGCAAACUCAGCCCACUAAUAGUUUACUUUUUAAAACAGAAGGUAACUUAUGAAAUCAAUUAAAGAUUUCUUCUACAAAGUAAAAGAUAAUAUUUCUAACUAAUAUACCACUAUUGGAAAAAACAUUUGGACAAAAUUUUAGUUCUUAUACCAUAUAAUGUAUUUUGAUUCUUGAAUAGUAAGUAUCUCUGAUCCUGGUCACUUAGGUUACACUGAGUCACUGUCUAGAAUUGCGUGUGCUGCAUCUCUUAAUCGUUUAAAUAGCCUGAGCUAUGUGAGUGCACUAACAGCAAGCCUAUACAUGCUGAGGAUCAGGGAAUCAGCUGCUGACAUUUUAGGGAGGUGCUAACCCUUAGGCCAUUCAAAAAGCAUUUAUGAUUUGCUUCUUUCACUAGUGAUUCACUGAUGACUUAAAAGCAUUUGUAAAAUUCCCCAAAGAAAACUCUUCUUCAUAAUAGGAGUCAUCCAUUUGUUGUGUCUUGCUUGGUCAAGUUCUUCUGGGUAAUAAAAUGUUCAGUUUAACAGAAUUUACUGAUUUUUCAAAUAAUUAUACAAUGAGCAAUAAAACUCAAGCAUUCUAAGCUGCUGCUCCUCAAGGCCACCUCUCAGAUGAUGCAGAAGGCCUUCCAGGGUCUCCUGGCACCUGGAGCCCCCACCUGCAGUGUAAACACUUGGUACAAUGCUGUGGGAGAUAUUUGGGUGCCAGUUAGAGUGUUGGUUGAAGAGUGCCAAAGAUGCAAGUACUUAACUGUUUUGAUUUUUAAUUAAAGAGCAGCUGCUUUGGAGGGCUGAUGUUUAUUGCCCCUAUGCCUUAAUUCUUAGUUGCUUAUAUUAUGAAUAAGUAAUAGUUUGUGAAAAAAUAGAAGGCUAAUACUUUUAAAAUAUGAUCAUUAUACUGACCAUGGACUCUGGCACAAAAGAGCCUCUUCAAAUCACAAGGAGCACAUCUGCAUGCUAUUUUCCUUUAGCUUAGAAUUUCAGUAUAAAUGGAAAACACUGGAAUACAAGCUGUGCUGUCUCCAGAGUAUAGAUCUGGAGUCUUCAAAAGGAGAAUAUGAGAUUCACUUUUCCCUCUCACGCUAGAAUGCUUGUCUGAGUUGUCCCCAAGGCAACAUACCUGACUUGUUGCCUGCCAUAUACAUGAGCCAGCUAAAAAAGGUGACUCAUUUCAGACUCACAAAGGCUAAUUGUUUAUUUAGUGAAUGGUAUUUCAUUAUUUAUGAUAACUAACCAGACACUAAAGAGAAUGAAGCCUGCUCAAUUAAUGUUUCUUUAGAUGAGCAGGAUGAAUGGAUUCAUCUUCCUACAUACAUUAAGUAUAGUGAACAUACACACAUAUACAUACACACACGUAUAUUAUAAGGUGUAUGGAGCAACCCUACUAUUCAUUUUCUCAAUGACAGCUAAAUUGAUCUGCUUCAUCCACCUUUAGAUUAUGCUUAGAGUGUGGGAGCUAAUUCUCUAAACUCCCAGAAAGAAAAAACUUCUACAAGAGACACACAGAUUUAUAUUAUAAAUGCAUGAUGGGGCAAAACACCAAGGGUCACAUUCUUCCUUGAACAAUUAUAUGUAUUUUAUUUGUCCUUAAAAAGCAAAUUUUCCUUUUGUGAGGAGCUCACAGUUGCUCAGGAAAAUUUUUCCUUCCAGGCCCAUUACUUAUUUUUCCUUUGAAAAUGUUUUUCUAUUGGCAUAGUGAUAUCCUAAGUUGCUUCGGGUAGAGUCUGUCUCCUCCUUAGAGGGGUUUCCCUAGAUCUUGGAUUCCAAGUCAGUGUCUUCCAUAGUAAGACUAUAAUCUAGGACUCCCUGAAUCAGUUUGGGAAAUGUGAACAAAUAUAAUACAGUAACAGGGAGGUUUGGGGCUUUUUUUGUUUGUUUGGUUGUUUGGUUGGUUGGUUAAACACAAAUGUAAAUCAGAAUGUCAUUUUCAGAACUGAGGCCUUCAGGUAAAAAGUAAUCUCCAUGCUUUGUCCUAGAGAGAAGACAUUUAAUUUCCUUCUUUAAUUUGAUGCCCUUGCUUGGUGGGCAUGUCUAGAAAUUUAAUAAACAUUUAGUGUUAUGUUUUUGUUAAAGACUUUGAGUUUCAGGUAAGUAUCUUUGAUAUAUUAGGCAAAUUGAAGGUAGAAAAAGCCCUUAAAAUAUAAAGAAUAAAAUACUAUAAUAAAAACUCCCAAAUUUCUUAAUGAUGUUGGUACAGAAACACAAAUGAAAACUGAAAAGAACCCUAGGCUCAGAAAUGAAUACUUCAAAAAAUUUUAAGUUAUACAGAAAUGCUACAUUUACUCUCUUAUGAAUCUUUUAUUACAUUUAAAAGAGAAAUUUACUAUCACCUUACUUAAUUUCAGUCUAAAACUUUAGUUUUAAAAACUAAAGGAUUCUUGUAUGCCCCCCAGCAAAAAUAUGAAGUUGACUGCCUUGAUUGGAGAAAAGGAGCAUUUGAAAAGGAGAAAUAGAACUGAAACAUGCUAAAACAUGUUAAAAACAUGCCAUGUUAAAAAUAACUAAGCUUUGGGCUUCCCUGGUGGCGCAGUGGUUGAGAGUCCGCCUGCUGAUGCAGGGGACACGGGUUCGUGCCCCGGUCCGGGAGGAUCCCACAUGCCGCGGAGCGGCUGGGCCCGUGAGCCAUGGCCACUGAGCCUGCGCAUCCGGAGCCUGUGCUCCGCAGCGGGAGAGGCAGCGACGGUGAGAGGCCCGCGUACCGCAAAAAAAUAAAUAAAUAAAAAUAACUAAGCUUUUACUAAGUUCUAGUUAGGUUAAAUGCAAUAAUUUAUAGAGAGUUGAGGGCUUUGAUAUUUAAGGAAAGAAGAAGAAAAGAAAAUCUUAUUUGAACACCUGUUUUAACAACAUUUAAAAAACACUUUGUCUAGUAAUUUUCUAACACAUUCAGCAAGACAACUGUACAUUGUCAGUCUCCAUUAGUGGGAAAAAUAGCUAUUACCUAAAGUGCUGAUUUGGUAAUCCAUUGGAUUCUGGCCAUCAUUUGCAAAGACAGAGUGUGCCAAAUCUAAUGUCACCAAAAUAUAUUACACUGAAGAACACAGAUGUUAAAUCCAUGUUAAUUUGUUUUGCCUCUCAUGCCAGAUCUUUAACUCCUAAAUUGGUCAUAUGUGAGAGAGUAUAAGUAGGCACUGAAAAUCCAUCAUCAAACCUGGAAAUGUCUUAUUGGUGUUGUGUGUUAAAAUCUUAGUAGAUGAAGGAGCAGACAGUACAGUGUCAGAAGGUAUAACAUCUUAUGGAAAAACCCAAACGAACUUUUUGGCUAACCCAAUAUAUUUCCUCUCUAGUAUUUAAAAUGACUGAAAGAACAUUGUAUGUAGUUUAGGUAUAGUCAACUCCAUUAGGGUUAUUUAUUUUCUUUGAAUAAUGUACAUUCUUUCCUUGAUUUUCCUAAAGAAGUUUAGUGAAUGUAUUUCCCUGGGAUUUAAGGAGAGCCCAUCUGGUUCCCUUAAUUUAUGCAUAAACCAAUAAGAAUACCAUUAAAGUUAAAAGAAAGGAUGAAAACUCACUAGCCUCAAAGUAUUAUUUUAGUUCUAUGUGCAUAUAAAAAUGAAUUGUCUGUUUCAAUCACUGCAACACCAAUAAACCUUUGGUUCUUUUUUGGCAAACCAGUCUUAAAAGAGCGUUGCUAAUGAAUGCUUAGUUUUUGAAUCCCCAACUUUAAUUUUAAACAGUUGGAAAAAAGGAUAGUUCAGUUGAAGGCAAAAAGCUUUGAUAAACGAGGUGGAAUCUAUAUUGUGUUCCCAAAUUUAUGAAUCUUGCCAGAUAGACUCUAUAAGGAAGCAAGAAUUGAUCUGUUUAGAAAGCUCACAGUGGGUGAUAGGACAGGGACCUCUGAAGGAUGUUUGGGGCUUGUUUUAUAUUUUUAUUUUCCCUAUUGUAUCUAAAAAGAAGUGACUUCUCUCUAGUUAAUGAGAAAUAAGAGAAUAAUGAUGUCUUAUGUCGUAGCUUUUUUGAUGUAUUUUUUCUCACAAAAUUUUAGACAUCUUUUUGUAUGCCCUAUGACAUUUUUCAAAGGAAUUGGUUUAACACUGCCCCAAAAUAAAAGGAAUUCUUUAUGAUUCUGUUCUGAAAACAUGUUGUCAUCAAGUAUGAUUUUAGAAGUUUCAUUGUGAUAAGUUUUAUUUUGAAAUUUAAGCCCUCACAGAAGCAUUUUUAAUCAAAAAGUAGAAAUUUAUUUCUUUUGUUAAUUUAUAGAAAUGUGGUUAUCACAAUGUACAGUGAAAUCACACAGAAUCACUGUAGUUAUGAGAGUUUAAAAUCCUUCUCCCUAUCUUUACCAGAUCAGCUGGGCAAAAAACAAAAUGAAAAAAAAAAUGUGAUUGGUAUAAGAAAAAAGGUGGAUUCAAAAGAUAUGUAUGUGUAUAUUUAAAAUAUAUAUUAAUAUUGGAUAUCUAAUAAGCUUUAGAAAACUAGAGACACAUAGCAAACUUUAUUUUUUUUAUAAAUGUAUUUAUUUGUUUUUGUCUGCCCUGGGUCUUCGUUGCUGCGUGCCGGCUUUCUCUAGUUGCAAUGAGUGGGGACUACUCUUCAUUGCGGUGCACGGGCUUCUCACUGUGGUGGCUUCUCUUGUUGUGGAGCACGGGCUCUAGGCACGCGGGCUUCAGUAGCUGUGGCUCGCGGGCUCUAGAGCGCAGGGUCAGUAGCUGUGGCACACGGGCUUAGUUGCUCCGUGGCAUGUGGCAUUUUCCUGGACCAGGGCUCGAACCCGUGUCCCCUGCAUUGGCAGGGAGAUUCUUAACCACUGCGCCACCAGGGAAGCCCUACAUAGCAAACUUUAAAUGUGAAAACCUAUCUACUUAGAAAUGAAAAAAUACACUCCAAGAAUGGAUCCAAAUGGAAAUCAAUGCUUAAUUUACAGACUAUUUGAAAUAUAAUAACAGUAAAAAUACUAUACAGGAAAUAUUAUAAAAUAUACCCAGUGUUAUUCACAGAGAAAAAUCAAUAACUUUAAAUAGAAUUCUUAUUUUAAUAGAAGUAAAUAAAUUUAAAAGGUCGGAAGGGGGCUUCCCUGGUGGCACAGUGGUUGAGAGUCUGCCUGCCGAUGCAGGGGACACAGGUUUGUGCCCCGGUCCGGGAAGAUCCCACAUGCUGUGGAGCGGCUGGGCCUGUGAGCCAUGGCCGCUGAGCCUGCACGUCCGGAGCCUGUGCUCCGCAACGGGAGAGGCCACAACAGUGAGAGGCCCGCGUACCGCAAAAAAAAAAAAAAAAAAAAAAGGUCAGAAGGAGAGCAAAAAACUAAGGAAAGAAAGAAAUUAAAGUAAAAAUUAAUGAAUUAGAAAAUAGGAAAAAAAAUGCAAACUUAAACUACAUGCAAAUUUAAAGCUUUUGUAUGGGACAAAAGAUAGUAAACAGUUAAAAGGCAAAUGACAAAUUCAUAAAAUACUUGCAGUAUGUAUGACAUACAAAGGAUUAAAUGUCCUCAAAAUAGAAUUGUUUCUAUUCAGUUCAUUUAAAACAUAACAAAAACCAGCCAAUCAAUAGACAUAAUCAUUUAAGACCAAAAAACAGAAAGAAAAAAGACUGAUAACUAGAUGAGAAAAAGUUUCAAUUUCACUAGCAGCCAGGAAUUGUAAAUUAAAAUAGCUGUCCAGACAUCCUUUUUUUAAAAAUAAUUAUUUAUUUAUUUUUGGCUGCAUUGGGUCUUCGUUGCGGUGCGCGGGCUUCUCAUUGCAGUAGCUUCUCUUGUUGCGGAACACAGGCUCUAGGCGUGCGGGCUUCAGUAGUCGUGGCUCACAGGCUCUAGAGCGCAGGCUCAGUAGUUGUGGCACACGGGCUUAGUUGGUCCUUGGCAUGUGGGAUCUUCCUGGACCAGGGCUCGAACCCGUGUCCCCUGCAUUGGCAGGUGGAUUCUUAACCACUGCACCACCAGGGAAGCCCCAAACAUCAUUUUUGAGCUUCAGAUCAUGAGAAAUGUGAAAGAACGGUCAUGAUAGGUGGUAAUGAGGAAGCUGUCCUUCUUAUGUACUGCUACAUGUGGCAGGGUAUACACACAGCCUUCCUGGAGGGUCACCAGUUUGGUGAUGUGCAUCAAAUGCCUUGGUUAUGUGCCAACCUUUUGGCCAAGCCAUUCCACUUCUAAAAAUUUAUUUUUAUCAAAUAACUUGAUAGUUGUGCAAAGGUAUUUGUUCAAAAAUUAUUUGGAAACAUUUUUCAUAAUUACCAAUGUUUAAAAACUGUAUCAAUAUCCAUCAUAGAUAACUGGUUAAGUAGAGUGUGGUACAUCAAUGAAAUGCUAUGAAGCAAAUUUUGAAAACUAAAGAUAUAUAUUUUAUAUAUGUACAUAAAGAUAUAAAUAUAUCAAUUGCAAUGGAAAUUUUCAUGAUAAAUUAACUGAAAAAAAUCACCACAGAUAACAUAAUCCCAUUUUUGCCUUAAAAUUUUGUAGAGGAUGAUAUUUAUAUGUAUAUAUAUUUACACACAGAAAUCCUGAGAAGAUACACACCAAAAUGUUAAUUGUAUGGGCAAUUUUAAAUUUUGUUCCCAUGUCAUUUUCUUAAUAACUGUCUUUUGUGCAAUUUUCAAAAAAAGAUUUUAAAACACACAGAAAAAAUGAAAAAGGAAGAUAUUUAAAUGGAGGAUGGUGAGAAAGAAACAAAUAUAAAAUGAUGAAAAUAGUAUUCAGAAGGAGAGAUAUAUUACAUAAAUGGAUUAAACUUUACAGGAAAGUAAAAGAUAAUAUAAAUAAAUAGUGGAAAUUAAUCAUCUAAGACUACAAACUUGGCAUAAUUAUAUAAUCUUGUUUAUUUUUUUUUAAAUUAAUACACAGAUUUUGUCAACUCCUUUCCCCUGCCUGUGCAAAUAUGUUGUUUUCUUCACUGAAUUAACAUAUUGUUGAAGGACCAUGUUAUGAGUCUCUGAACGCCCACAUCCGCCGCCCCCCCCGCCCCGCCCCGUUGCCUGAGUCUCAAAUAAUGUCAUUGUUUCAAAUGCUCAAAUUCAUAGUAUCCAGCCUUCCCAUCUUCCUGGACCAAUCAUUCUUCCUGAAGUUGCAGUUUUGUAACUGUCAGCACUAUUGCCGUCUAUGACUGAGUUGUGCAUAAUGUACAAAUAAUGUAUAUUAUCUAAGGAUUAUCAGCCAUUCCAUGGCCUAAUAUCUGGCCCUUGAUCCUCUGCUAUUUAAAAAAAUCUAAUUGAGAUUUAAAGAUGAAAACAUAUAAUAUUAGGCUAAUGAAAAGAAUUCUGUAAAUUUUAAAUUUAAAAGUUGAUUCAUUUGCCUUGAAUCCAUUCAUUUAUGUAACAAAAUGUAUCAUCUGAAAAUUGAAAAACAGAUGACAAUUGAAGUACUAGGAUUAGCAUUAGAGUCCCUACUAAGAAAUACUCCCCUUGAGGGGGAAAAUCAUCUUCUUGGUUUCAGAGAGUUAUGUUGACCUUUGAAUAUUUACUCUGUGUUGCUAGCUCCCUACCAGACACCUCCAGUUUGAACAAGAACCGAAAGGUUUAGAGGUGUAAAGUAUCUAGUCCCUCUGUACCAUAUUUAAGCACAAAGAGACUAAGGCUGAUGGUAAUAAAAGCCAGUGACUUAAUCUGACUCUAAAAAAUAAACAGGGUAAAAAAAAAAAGUUAAAAUUGGAGAAAACAUUUGCAACACAUAUGGAAGGUAAAGAAUUAAUACCUUUGCCAAAAUUAAAGAGUUCUAAGAAAUCAAUAAGAAAAAACAGUAAUAAAGAUGAAAGAGAGAAUUGGUGUUUAGAGGGAAAAUGGGGAGGCUGCUGAGUCAGUGCAGAGGAGAGAUGAUGAUGGCUUGGGUUAGGGUCACAGUAGUGGCAAUAGUGAGAAGUAGUUGGAUUCGGGAUAUAUUUUGGUAGUAGAACCACACCUUUAAGAUUUACUGAUGGAUUGGAUUUGGAAAGUGAGAGAAAGAGUAAAAUAAAAAAAUAUUAUUGGAUCUUGGAUGAUGGGUGUGUGUUAGUGCCAUUUAAUAAAAUGAGUAAGAUGGGGAAAGGAGAAAAUGGAAUGGGUCGUUUCAUUCUGACCAUGUUAAAUUUGGGAUCCUAGUACACAUCGGUGGUUAGUCAGGAUAGGUUAAGUUAUACUGCUGCAACAAACACUCCACAAAAUCUGGUGGCUGCAAACUACAAAAUUUAUUUCUUGCUCGUGCUGCAUGUGCAUCUCAAGCUGCCUGGGACUCUGUUCCUUGUUAUUCCCACUUCAGGACUCAAGCUGAUAGGAUUAUUACUGAUCACCAUGGCAGAGGAAAUGAGUGGAGAGUCAUACACUGACUGUUAAUGCUUCUAUCUGAAUGUGACAUGUAAUUUCUGUACUCUUCAUUGUACAAAGCAAGCCACAUGGCCACACCUAAAUUCAAAUGGACAGGAAGUAUCAUCUUACCAGGUACCUUGGAGGGGAGAAUCAAAUAUUUGAAUGUCCAUUUAAACAUCCCAAUGGAGAUAUCUUCUAGGCAGUUAAAUAUAUAAAUCUAAGCUCAGAGGAGAGGCCUUUAGACAGAGAUUUAGGAGUUGUUAGAUAUUUAAAAUCUUGGCACCUAAGGAGAAAGAAGCAAAGUAUAGAAGCAAAAAGAACAGAGCUGAGGACAGAAUUAUCUAUUCUUUAGAAAGAUAACAGAAGAGGAGAAAUCAGUAAAGGAGACUGAGAAAGAACGUGUGUGUGUGUGUGUGUGUAUACGUACGUACGUACACAUACACGUUUCUGUAUGUGUUUAUAAGAGCAUAGAGAAAGGUGUAGGAAAUGGGUUUGGAGAAAAGUUAGGAAUUAUAUAUAUUUUAUUUUAUUUUAUUUUUUUAUUUUUGCGGUACGCGGGCCUCUCACUGUUGUGACCUCUCCCGUUGCGGAGCACAGGCUCCAGACGCGCAGGCUCAGCGGCCAUGGCUCACGGGCCCAGCCGCUCCGCGGCAUGUGGGAUCUUCCCGGACGGAGGCACGAACCCAUGUCCCCUGCAUCGGCAGGCGGAUUCUCAACCACUGAGCCACCAGGGAAGCCCAGGAAUUAUUUUUAACUUCUUUAGACAUCCAUAUGUUAACUUGUUACAACACUCAUGUAUUUUCUUUAUAAACUUAGAAAUACUAUAAGAUAAGAAAAAAAUUUAUACAGAAAGUGUAUGGGGGGAAGUUGGGGAGAGAGCAGUAACUUUUAGGUAGACUGAGCAAGUGAGUAUGAGGCAAUUUGUAGGAAGCUAGAAGAAGGCCAGGUGAGCAUAUGCCUGAACCCAGUUGGUAAUGAUAAUUACUACAUGGAAGCCAUAUACUUGCAUAUUAAAAAUUAAGCAUUCUGAAUGGAUGGGGCAGGUAGGCAAGUAUCCCAGAACAAAACCUAAAAUAAGUCACUCAGGACUCUAGUUUUUAAGAAAUGGUAAAGAGAACUAAUAUAUUUUAACUUAAAACUAUGUUCUUUUUCUAAAGCAUUUGCAUUUUGUUUGCCUCAACUUGCUACAUGCUAUUUUAGUCCAGAAUUAGGAAUGCAUUUCCCUUAAUUAUUGGGAUAAGCAGAAUCUAGUAAAAGUUCUAAAAUGAAAACAGAAUAGUAUUUAAAUAAGAAUUUAGAAGAUAUAUUCAAUUAUAUGCCAACUAAUUGAAUCAGCCCUAAAAUAGAAAAGGCUAGUGUUAUUUGGGGAUAUAACGCAAAAUGGAACACUAAAGACCACCUUUACAUAACGACAGCACACAUUCUUCAGCAAAAAUUAUUA